CAGCUGUUAGAACCUCUGCUGCAUUGUGUUUAGUUUGUUUAUUUUCUGACGUUCACAAUUUGCAGUUGUUUUAAAUUGCUAAAUUGAUUUAACCUUUUGACUGUUGAGUUGACACUCUCAUAUUAGUUAAACACUGAGUCUAUGAUAAGGGAAUAUGUGACUGCAACUCCAAGUUUAUUUCACGAUUUUUUUAAAUAAUAUAAAUGGUUCAGUAGCAACGUUAAAAACUUAGAGGGUUAACAUCUCAUACGUCUAGGUCUGUGGCUUCUUGUUCAGAUUGUUUAGUAUUCACAGGAAAUUUACUAGCUCUACGAAAGUUAUAAUUUUGUUUAAAAAUGUGGUCCUUAAUAGCAAGAAAAAUUACACUGAGAGCCAAAAUUGAGACUUUAGGCUCGAGACAUUUGAGUUUAUCAAGCAAUAAAAGGAGUCAACUGAAACUGCUCAAAACCAAAGGAUUCAUCAAUGGAGAAUGGGUGUCUGCCAGAAGUGGGAAGACAUUUGAAGUAACAAAUCCAGCGACUACACAGGUGAUAGCAAGUGUACCAGAUAUGGAUGUCACUGACACAGAGACAGCUAUAGCUGCAGCCAAUGAGGCAUUCCAAUCCUGGGGAAACACAACGGCAAAGGAGAGAGCCACGCUUCUGCGAAAAUGGUACAACGCCAUGCAGGACCAUGCCUCAGAGUUGGCUGCCCUGGUGACCGCAGAGGCGGGCAAACCUUUGCCUGAAGCUCUUGGAGAGAUCAACUACGGCAACUCUUUUGUAGAGUGGUUCUCUGAAGAGGCUCGCCGUGUACAUGGUGACGUUGUGCAGAGCCCCCAGAAGAGCAAGGAGAUGAUCAUGGUGAAACAGCCGAUCGGUGUGGCAGCCCUCAUCACCCCAUGGAAUUUUCCACAAGCCAUGAUUACCCGCAAGGCAGGGGCGGCACUUGCGGCUGGCUGCACAUGUGUCAUCAAACCAGCCGAGGACACUCCAUUCACAGCUCUGGCUCUCGCAGAGCUAGCAAAUCAAGUUGGAAUCCCCAAAGGUGUGAUCAACGUUGUGACAAGUGGACGCGCCAAUGCUCCAGCCAUCGGUAACAUCCUCUGCACCAGUCCACAUGUCGCUGGGCUUUCCUUCACAGGAUCCACAGAAGUUGGGAAAUUGCUGUACAGGCAGUGUGCAUCCGGAGUGAAGAGAGUUGGACUGGAACUGGGUGGUAACGCACCUUUCAUAGUGUUCGACACUGCAGACUUGGAUAAGGCAGUGGAAGGAGCAAUCGCAUCCAAGUUUAGAAACUGUGGCCAGACUUGUGUCAGUGCAAACAGAUUCAUCAUACAAGAAAACGUGUUCGAACCGUUUGUGAGGAAAUUAAAAGAAAAAAUGGCCGCUCUAAAGCUUGGAGAUGGAACAAAACCGGAUGUGAACCAAGGACCUUUAAUCAAUAUGAAGCAAGUUGAAAAGGUGGAAAGUAUCGUUAAAGAUGCAGUGGAUAAGGGUGCCAAUGUAGUGUUUGGAGGCAAGCGAGCUACACAGAUCGGAGCACAGUUUUAUGAGCCUACUCUGCUGACUGGAAUUAAGCCAGACAUGGCCUGUUACACGGAGGAGAUUUUCGGUCCAGUGGCUGUCUGCGUGAAAUUCCAAACGGAGGAGGAGGCAGUGGCUAUUGGGAAUAGCACGAACCGUGGGUUGGCCGGCUAUUUCUACUCCAACAAUGUGGGGCAGGUGUGGCGUGUAGCCAGGCGGCUGGAGGUGGGGAUGGUGGGGGUCAACGAGGGCCUCAUCUCGGCGGCGGAGGCGGCGUUCGGUGGCAUCAAGGAGUCGGGCAUCGGUCGUGAAGGUUCACACUAUGGGCUCGACGAGUACAUUUACAUCAAAUACAUCUGUUUCGGCAACUUGCAGUAAUACCAUUCAAUUGCUGCGGAAGUCAUUUUUAUACUCAAAUCUUGUGUUCGUUUACCACUAUCUGAAAAUGUUUGUUUAUUAAUAUAUUUGUUUAAAAUGCGAGGAAAAUUAUAAUUUAAUUGUAGAAAUGUUAAAUGAUUUACUUUAAUUAUGUUGCCUGUAAAUUUACAAGUAGAGAUAAAUAUUUAUGAUUAUACAU